CACGCUGUGCUGGGAGGCUGCUCGCUCGACGGCCGAAUCUCACGGCUAUAUGGCAGUCUAACAUGUUUUAUCACGAGGAGCGGUGGAGAAUCGUAACGAAUAAAUGCAUUCGAUGCUCUCCCGGUGGUACACGACACAUUCCCUGCGGCAGGGGCCAGCGAAGUAGCAAAGUUCCGACUUUUAGGACUGACAAUCAGCCGGGCGCACGAGCGGGACCACAGCAGUCGAUUCGGCUGGGCUCCCAGCUGCUGAGAGAGUUGUUCCAUCAUACCACGGCGCAGAAAACUUUCGAAGAAGAGAAAUGUCCGAAGCAGAGCGAGUUUUCAAGGUCCCCUUAGACGCUCCGUGGUACGUGGCUUGGAUACUCCCGCUAGUCGAGUACGCGGCUGUGAAUCCGUGGGAGUUCCUCCAGUACACGAUCAUGUGCUUGAGUCCCUUCUUGUGCCUCUCUGGGAUUCUAUCUUGGAAAUUGGCGAAGCAGCUCGAGAGGGAAGAAAAGUUGCGCAAAGCGCACGCGAAGCGAACAAACGCGAUCAAGCAGAGAAAGAUCAAGUAGUGGCCAAAACUCGACACUAUUCGCCGGGAACGACCCAUGGAUCCCAUGACGCAUCCCAUCGAGUCGGCUCGAAUAUCAAUUAUCAGGGAGAGAGCCAGAGCGAAUCACUAAACAACACCCGCUCCAUCGGGUGCUUCCGUUGAACGAUGUCAUUGCUGCCGAAUGGGUAUCAUCCUGCGUGAUAUUGUACUAGUGUUGUGAGACCGCAUUCGAGACCCGAUCUCACCGCGACAUUCCAAAUCAGGCCUCGGAUUCUAGAACGGCUCCGAGUCGGCAACGUUGUAAAUUCAUGAAGCUUUCUUAAUUUCUACCGAGCAAUAAAACGGCAGACGAUUCCGUUUGAUGGUGUGGCUUGAC